AUGUUUUACUUUCACUGUCCUCCACAGUUAGAGGGAGAGUGCUGCAGGACCAACACAUUGAACACAAAUGGGUUUGGGAAUCACGCCUCUGGAGACUUUGAUGACGGUUUUCUGCGCAGAAAACAACGCAGAAACAGGACGACCUUCACUUUACAACAGUUGGAGGCUUUGGAGGCGGUUUUUGCACAGACCCACUAUCCAGACGUGUUUACGAGAGAAGAGCUGGCUAUGAAAAUCAACCUAACAGAGGCUCGUGUCCAGGUGUGGUUCCAAAAUCGAAGGGCAAAGUGGAGAAAAACAGAGAGAGGAACUUCAGACCAGGAGGGAAGCAAAGAACAAAUGAGUGACGGCAUCCCUCCUGCACGAAACCUCAACCAGUCUCCUGUUGACCACGGCAGAAAUAAGAAAGAACCAAUGGAACUACAGCACAAUAUUAACAGAGUGGUGGGUUCAGGUGGACCUUUUUUCCCAUCUUGUCUGCCUGGGACUCUGCUGAACACAGCCACUUACGCACAAGCCCUUUCACAAGUGGCAACUUUAAAAGAAUAA